UUCAUUGAUUGCCUUGUCUUAAUUUUACUUCACACGUAAUCGAUAAAUAAAACAAAUAAAGUAGUAUCAAUUAAGUGAAAUAAAGAACAAAUAUGUUCAAAUGUUAAAACAAAAAGAAUACUUAAUAGCGCAUGCGUUUUGUAAGUUUAACAUAGUUCUGUAAUUAUGAAGGCUUUAAUUAUACGCACGUUAAAUGGUUAAUUAGAUAAUAUCUGUAUGAUUUAAUUAUAACCUACAAGGUUAGACAAAAUUGUAUAGAUUUCGUACAUUGGAAUGUGACAUUUACAAUUUGGAUAUACUUUUUGUAAACUUUUCAGUCUGCCACGGAUUAAAUACAAGGUAAAAAGGUAGAGAAAACUUACAGUUCAACAUGUCCGCACAACCUCCUAAGAUGAACAGUUCUAUAUCCGUGACGUCACUGAAUGCAGACGCCAUCCCAAGAUGCAGCACACACCGAAAGAGGCUAAAGUUCUUCUGCAGCAAACACGAAUUGUUACUUUGUUCUGUGUGCGCCGUCAAGCGGCAUCGGAGCUGCGAAGAGGUCCUUACGAUUACUGAAGCUUGCGAAGAUAAAAGAAGUGAGGGUAACAAAUUGUUAGAUAUGUACAAUCAGAAAGUCGCUGUUAUCGAGAAUGCCAUUGUUGAAAGAAAAGCGGCAAAGAAAUUGCUUGACACAAAUGCACAAGAAAUUCAGACAGAAAUUCAUGAAAUAACGGAAAAAUUGAUUGAUCUUGUAAGACACGAAGAACGAACAUUACUGGAAACCGUGGACACUAUGCAAGGUAGAGAAUCUGAAACACUGGAAAAGGAUAUCAGUGGUCUAGAGGAAACAUGUGAAGAAAUACGAAAAGCACAGGAUGCACUUUCCCAAAGUCUAAAAUUUUCAGAUGUUGACCUUAUACACGCUGUGAUAAAAGAAAAGCAGAAGUCAGAUGACGAAAAGGAGGUUGAAACUAUUGUCAAGAAACGGUUUAAAGAAAUAGAUUUCAAAUUUGUUAUUUCACCACAUAUAACUUCAUUUUUGAAGCACUUUAAAAAUCUAGGACAGGUUAUGAUGUCGGAAGACAGCGGAAAUCCAGUGCGUGUGCCCCGAUCAAACAUGUCAACCCCCGUAAAUGAGCUUCCGUCACCGAUUCCGCGUAACAGAAGAGAAAAUAUAAACGAGGUAAGACAACAACACUCACCGCCCGACGAAUCUCACAUGUCAGCAAGAGAAAAGUGGAUUCGCGAUAGGCAGAGACAAAUGCAAAUGCAAACACAAAACCGCGGUGAUAGUACUUCAAGCAAUAACAGUGUGUUUUUAUCUGAUCAACCAUCUCCAGUUUCCCAAACACGAAGAAAUCAGCCAAUGCGAGCACUGCCUAUGACCAGACCAGAAACUCCAGAAGUUUAUAGUAGACCUUAUAACCAAACACCGAGGCGUGAAUUUGUUCCUCGUCCGAUGUCGACACCACCAGUUGAAACGCCCGUGUAUGGACAGAGUCCAAAAUCAAGAGACGUCAAUAGAUUUAAUUCCAAUACCAGAUAUCGAUCUGUUAGACCUGAACCUGUCUAUGUAUCCGAGAGACGAUCGCCGGUUCCAAUUCGGUCUCCCCAACAAGGACAACCACACGAGAUUGUAGUUGCUAAUGGUCGGCAGGAUAUUCACCAUGUUGAGCCGGUCCACGUCUUCCAACGUCGUGCAACUUCGGACUCUCAAUCUUCAAGUACCGAACGUUCACCAUCUCCCUGGUCAAACAGGGCACAAUCUCCGCCACAGCAACAUUCACCACCCACACAGCAACCAGCGUAUUCUAUUGUUAGCGUCAAGGACAGUGACACAAAUUUUGGGAGAUCAUUUGCAGCCGUACAAAUCAAUGAUCCUCGAAUGCCUCAAAACAAUGAACAUGCAAGUUUACAUGCCUAUCAGAGCAAAGCCACAAUAAAUAUUGCCACGCCUAGAAACAGGGACACAUCCCCACCAAACAACGGAGUAAACGCUGUAUUUUCAGUCUACCCAAAUUCUAACCGCCGAACAGGUGUACCGAAGACUAACGAAUACUCUCCAAGACUAGAUGAAAGUCGGGGAUUUUCUCCAAGCGGUAGUAUGAUGAACAGCAUGGCAACCGAUGAGGAAAAAGUAUCUCGGUGGGUUCAUCAAACUUCUUUCACAUCAAACGGUAUAGGGUCGAAGCGCCUGAUCUCUGGCGUAGGCGUGUUGUAUGACGGUCGUGUGGUACUUGUAGACCAAGAACAUUACACCGUUCAACUCUAUGAUAGAAAUUUCAGAUUUGUUUCGGACUUAAAACUUGAUUCCAGACCAUUUGAUGUAGCAGUUAUAAGUGAAAAUAAGAUUGUUGUGAGUUUGCAGAGCGAUAGAGUGUUGAAGUUCAUCUUGAUCACUGGGGAAGGUUUAACGGCUGUUGCUGACCUGGGUGUUCCGUGUGAGAUGGUUUGUUACGGGGUUUGUCGUGGUGGAGGUAACUAUUGUGUGUGUUGUGGUGAUGAAGUUUGGAUACUGUCUGAUGACGGUCGUGUUGUAAAUCGAUUAAAGACGGAUAAACCUGGAAACCCUUUGUUCGUACAAGCAGAGUAUGUUUCAAUAGAUAGCACGGGGAAUGUUCUGUUUAUUUCCGAUGCGGGAAGCAAUAAAAUUCUUGCCAUACAAGUAGACGGUAGGAGACUCUGGGAGUUUACGUACCAGGGAUUCAAACCGUCGGGUCUCAAGUGUGUAGAUAUGUACAUAUACGUUUGUGAUCGAGACCAACAUCGUGUAUUAAUGUUAGAUAUGGACGGACAGGUUGUCAAACAGUCAAUUAUAGGAAGGUUGGAGAACCCAAGAGCUCUAUGCUUUCACAAUGCAGCUACACAUUUAAUUGUUACACAAAUGCGAUAUGAUGCAAUCGUCAGCCCGCCACGUCCUAUUCAUGUAUAUACGUUACAGUAAAACUGCUGCUUGGUUACAGAAUAACGUGUUUAUAUAGAAAAAAGGUAACGUCAAAUAACCUCGUGCAUUUUCACCCCAAAAAGCAUUAUGUUUAUCAGUUCCAAAUAAGAAUCUCAGUAUAAAGGCAUCAUCUAAAUGUUGGGAAAUAUCUUAAAGAAAACUGUUUGCGGGUCUGGAAGUUUAAUUUUCUUUUGCACGUUUGUUGUUCAAAUCACGAGUGAGUUGUGCACCCACGAGACAUUGCAAAUGCACUCAUUAAUCAAAAACUCAUAUUUCUAACACUCUGUUGCCUAAUGACUUGCAAAUUACUUUAGGCGGAAAUUAAAUUCAUGCAUUUUAACGAGCUUUUUUGUGCUCUUUCUGAUACCAUACUAGGUCGCAUGAAAUGUUCCUUUAUGAUAACCGCUCAUGCCUGGGUGUCUUGGGUGUUACGCUCUUCAUUACUUGUAUUUUUCAUGAACUAACUCCAUCAAACUGGGUGCUUGGGUGUUUCUUACGGAUCUUGUUAGUGCUUUAGUAUACAAAAAGAGGGCAUUAAAUUUGAACAAACGUCUGCAUUACGCCUUAAGACUUUACAUUUAAUUUUCUUUGUUCCGGAUCGUUCUACAUCUUUCUUUUUUUUAAGCAUGUACUGUAUGUGAUGAAAUUGAUUUUUUGGGCCUUUAUUCUUGUGUUUCUCUUAAAUCAUAUUUAUCAAAGCAAUUAAACUAAAUAUUUUAGAUCUUAUACUACUGAGUUGUGUUCAAAGCGAUGUUAACUUCAAAUUUUUAUUCCAUUUUUCUUGUCAAACGUUCUUGUCAAUGUGAGGCACGAGUGAUCUGAUUAGUUCAAUGCUGUGAUGUGUAUAGUAAUUAAAAUGAUAUUCCGCAAAGUGGCCAAAACUUUUUCAGUGUGUGUUUUUAUUGUUUGUAAAUACCUUGUAAUUCUUACUGCGAAUUCUAGUGUUUGGUUUGAUGUUAAACAAACGUAUGCCAUAUUGUAAAUAGGUGUAUUUUUAAAGGAGCCGUUGAUAUUAUUCAGAAAUUCUGAAUCUGGUGUAAAUUCAUGAUUGAAGUUUUUUUGAGAUCUUAAGACUUUCACAUGUGUGUACUUGUUGAGGUUCAAGGGAAAUUUUUAGACCACUAUUGUGCAAUUUAUAUGUAUAUUUUGUACAUUGUGUAUGUUUGUGUUUGUUUAAUAAACCGACUUCAAAUUUU